UGUUAAGGGCGGGGAAAGGAGAGGAGCAAAGCAAAACAGAUCCCAUUCCUCUCUGUUCUCACUAGGCGGUGGGGGCAGGGGAAUGGGGUACGCACCAAGAGGAGCUCUGGAUUUCAUUUGAGAGGUGCCCCGGGAAUUCCAGCCGGAGACCUUCGCGACGCAAGGAAUACAUAUCCGCGCGGGGUCACACCAUGAUUCUCUCCGCUGCGAGCACAUAGUGGCUGGGUUGGGGCACGGGCGCGGUCAGUACUACCUCCGGGGCGGGGCGGUGCUGCGGCAGCCCGAUGCCGGGGGAGGCUGGCGCCGCCACCGCUGGGGAGAAGGGAUUCUCGCUGACGUCAAGCCAUCAGAAUGAUCGCUCAUUCAUAUCCGGGUCCCCGGCCGGAUUCCCCAGGCCGCGUUCGGCCGCGCUCGGUCGCAGACCACUGAGAGGGAGGCGGGCAGGGCAGGGCAGGGCAGGGCAGGGCAGGGCGGCCGCCCAUAAGUCCGGAGGUGGCUGGAGGCGGCGAGGCGGGAUGCACAGAAUGCCCGCCACCUCAGUGGAGCCCGCCUACUGCCGCUGCUGCCCAUGGAGGUCGCGCUGGUGACUCUGGAGAACGGCGGUGGCGGAGUCAUCUCGGCCGGCGAGGAUGCCACGGCCGGCGGUAGCACCAGGGCUCGGCGACAGCGCGAGCUACUCCGCACCGCGGGGUCCACGUCUGUUCCGAGACUGACCGACGGGAAGGAGGGUACCCCACCGGCCUCAUCGCCGCCACAGAUCGACGAGGAGCGGGAGAAGCCCCCGCCGGCCCUCCGAGGAGGCGGCGGGAGGCUCUGCAGCAGCAGUGAGGGCAGCAUCAACGUCCGGGUGGCGUCGGGACCCCAAUCGCAACCACAAACUCUGCACCCCCGGCCGGCUGCGGAAAUGGAUCUUCCGGAAGAUGGGAGUCACCACCGGGGCAUGACCAUGGCAACGGCCAGUGAGGAGGAGAUGAAGGCAGUGAGCUGGGGCGCCAUGCACCAUCAGCGGGUGCUAAUCAACAUCUCUGGGCUGCACUUCGAGACUCAGCUGGGCACCCUCAACCAGUUUCCUGACACACUGUUGGGAGAUCCUGAUAAGCGUAUGCAGUAUUUUGACCCGCUCCGCAAUGAAUACUUCUUUGACCGCAACCGGCCCAGCUUUGAUGGCAUCCUCUACUUCUACCAGUCUGGGGGCAAGCUCCGCCGACCUGUCAAUGUCUCCAUUGAUGUCUUUGCUGAUGAGAUCCGCUUCUACCAGCUGGGCAAGAAGGCCAUGGAGCGCUUCUGGGAGGAUGAGGGUUUCAUCAGAGAGCAGGAGAAGCCCCUUCCCCACAGUGAGUUUCAGCGCCAGGUCUGGCUCAUCUUUGAGUACCCUGAAAGUUCCAGCUCAGCUCGGGCCAUUGCCAUUGUCUCUGUGUUGGUGAUCCUUAUCUCCAUCAUCACCUUCUGCCUGGAAACUCUGCCUGAAUUCAGGGAUGAACGAGAGAUACCCAUGUCUUUGCCCCCACAAAGUGAGGGUUUGAACGCCACAGCUGGAGGCUCUCCACCCAUGCAGUCACCAAGUAGCCUCUCUGACCCCUUCUUCAUCAUCGAGACCACUUGUGUCAUCUGGUUCACCUUUGAGCUCCUUGUGCGUUUCUUCACCUGCCCCAGCAAGCCUGAGUUCUCCCGCAACAUCAUGAACAUCAUUGACAUCGUGGCCAUUAUCCCCUACUUCAUCACCCUGGGCACAGAAUUGGCCCAUGAGCAACAACAGCCUGGGAGUAGCAACAGCAAUGGGAGUGGAGGCCAGCAACAAGCCAUGUCCUUGGCCAUCCUGAGAGUCAUCCGCUUGGUCAGAGUCUUCAGGAUCUUCAAGCUUUCCAGGCACUCCAAGGGGUUGCAGAUUUUGGGACAGACUUUGAAAGCCAGCAUGAGAGAGCUGGGCCUUCUCAUCUUCUUUCUCUUCAUUGGAGUGAUCCUUUUCUCCAGUGCUGUCUACUUUGCUGAGGCUGAUGACUCUGAGUCUCAUUUCUCCAGCAUCCCUGAUGCUUUCUGGUGGGCUGUGGUGACCAUGACAACUGUGGGCUAUGGGGACAUGCGACCUAUUACUGUGGGGGGCAAGAUCGUGGGCUCCUUAUGUGCCAUCGCUGGUGUGCUCACCAUUGCCCUGCCUGUCCCUGUUAUUGUGUCCAAUUUCAAUUACUUCUACCACCGAGAAACUGACCAUGAGGAGCAAGCUAUGCUCAAAGAAGAACACAGCAGUGCUCAGGGCAGUGUAACUGGGGUAGAUGGAAAGAGAAGAUCCAGUAAAAACUCUCUGAACAAAUCUGUUGUGCACUUGGAAAAUAAUGAAGGGUUCAAAAGCAGCACCAGCCCUUUAGAGAAAAACAGUAUCAAAGCUAAAAGUAAUCUAGAUCUCAGAAGAUCACUGUAUGCCCUUUGUCUGGACAGCAGCAGGGAAACAGACCUGUAAGGAAAGGAGAGAACUGUAGUUAAAAGAUGCAGCAGAAUUUGUUGGUGUCAGAAACUUACCACUAUAUCUAUUAUUUUCCUACCAGUUGUUGUUUUGUUGCGUGGUUUUUCAUUUUUUAUUGUUGUUGUUGUUUUAAAUCAGGCUAUAUUUUAUAAUUUGAUCACUGUCCUGAGCAGUCCUCCAGAAAUAAAUGUUUUUAUGUUCUUUUUCCAUGACACAAAUGGCCAUCUGUUUUUAAAAUAGGUUAUGUAAACUAUUCUCCAUGAUGCAGGAGCUGGUAGAUUAUGAAAAUGUAAAAUCUAAUUUGUAGAAACUUUUAUUAGCAAAUCAUAGUUGGUUUCAAAUGGUCAUUUGUAAUCAAUACAUUUUCUGCAAAUUGUUAAAGAGCUGGAGGACGUGUGCAGAGAAUGAAUGAGUUUUGGAGUGGGAGGGAACAAUGUUUUGUACUGUACUUUCAAACUGAAAAUAUUCCAAUUUAUUUUGUAUCUAUAUAACUUUAUUUUUGGGUGAAAGGCAAUUUCUUAUUCCUGAGACGUAUCACUCCAUUAAAGCACUAGGAACAUUGGGAGAUCAGCACUUGUAGAGUUUUUCACUUGUGAUCACUACAGAUCUGGUUGUAUUCAUACUGUCUCGUAUGAAAAAUGCUUUAAGCACAGAAAUUUUUUAUUAUUGAUGAGAUAUUAGUUCCUUGUGAGCCUUAAAUUAUUAAAUAUUGUAGCUACGCUUCUUUAUAAAUAUUUUUAUUAAUCACCUUACAGUUUUAGAAUUUCUAAAUAUUCAGUCUUGUGCUUUCUGUCCUCCCCAAAAGAAGCACAUAUAUUAUAGUUUUAUAGUUUUGUUUUUGAGACUAAAAUAAAAAUAAAUAAUAAUAAAAAACAAAAACAACUGCCUGCUCUUACUAGAUUUGAUUCAAGUGCACAACAGAUCAAAACCAUUAGGUAGUGAAUAGCUAUGACAGUAGUAACACGUGAAAGUAGAAUAUAUAUUAUGUUUAUUCCACACUCCGGGUUACUUUGGCACAUACAUCAGUCACGUUCAUGUGUCUGUACAAUUUAUGUACCUAGUUCAUUGUUUUUAAUUACCAUAGACUGGAAACGGCAUCAACAGAGUCUGAUACGGCUGCCUUGCUACUUAAAUGUGGAUUAUACCUUGGACUUGGGCGGAAACCAUCACCUUUCACCAAAACACAUCUUUGUUUCUUUUAUUUCCAAACCAAAUCUUUCCAGUGCAGCAGAUUUUACAGUUAAGAUAUUUUUGUAAGACUAAUGACAAAUUACCUUCAUCCUGUUAAUGCAGCACUUUACAACUUACUAAUGAAGACUGACAAAAAGUUGCUUCCUUGAA